AUAAUGUGGAGUUCAAUAAUAAUAUUAACAAGUUACGGAUAACGUUUGGACUUUUGUUAUUUACAUAUGCUUCUUUAUCCUUUGACAGUUUUUUAGUCUAGUCUAGCUUCAAAUUUAUGGCCUGAUAAACAAAGUGCUAUAAAAAGAAAUAAUUUAAUGGUGUAUGAAAUGACAGACUUCUGGGGGAAAAGCUUAGGAUCUUUUCAAAGCUUCCUAUCCAGUAAAACUGGAUUAAGCAGAGCUGAAUCUGUAGCUUCUACUCUAGGUAGUUUAAGCUGUCAGCUACAUCAAGAAAACUUUAUUAAAGCUGUUGCAUCAGCAGAAAGUAAACAGGAAGAAGAAGAUUUGGUCAAGAAAGAAAUCAAUGUAGUAGAGAAUAUUUUAUCCAAACCAGGAAUUUCCCCAAAAUUAGUGGAGCAGUGCCUUAUCCAGGCUUUGUACUGUGAGAUGUUGGGCUAUCCAGUUACCUUUGCCUAUGUUCAUGCUGUGAAACUGGCUCAGCAGGGGAAUAUUCAGCAGAAACGAAUUGGAUAUUUAGCCUCUAGCCAGUUUCUUAGUAUGGAGAAUGAACUUGGGUUACUUCUUAUUAACACAAUACAGAAGGACAUCAGAAGCACAAAUGUAGCUAAUAUUUGUAUGGGUCUUCAAGCAGUCUCUUAUGUGGUAAAUACAGAGAUGGUUCCUGCUGUAUCUUUCAUGGUGGAAGAAAAGCUAAAGCAUGCACAUGCAGCAGUAAGAAAAUAUGCUGUUUUAGCACUUCAACAUUGUCUACUUCAAGCUUCCAAUCACCAUUCCAUCCAGUCAGCCCUUUUACGUCUAGAGCAAGUACUGAGUGAUAGUGAUAUUAGUGUGGUUGCAGCAGCUGUGACAACACUUGAAACAGUAGUAAAGACUAAGAAUGUGACUCUUUGUCAGCACCUCAUCCCAAGUCUCAUCCAAAUACAACAACAGAUCAUCCAGGGUAGAUUGUCAGCAAAGUUUGAGUUUCAUUCAGUGCCAUUUCCAUGGCUUCAGAUAAAACUGUUGAGACUUCUGGGAUUGCUUUGUGCUGGUGACAAAAUUUUAAGUGGCAGUGUUGGUAUGAUUCUUAAAGAGACUUUACAAAAAGCUGAAGUCAACCAACCAGUUGCCUAUGCAAUUAUACUUGAGUGUAUUGUAACUAUCAAUGCAAUUGAGGCACCUCCAGAGAUGGUUGAGCUUGCUUUGAAAUGUGUAUCAAAGUUCCUAAAAUCAAGCAGUACUGAUCUCAAGUAUUUAGGAGUGAAAGUGCUAUCAGGGGUUUUAAACAAACUUCAAGACAGCUUUUCUACUGAGCAUCAGGAUAUUGUGAUGGAAUGCUUACAACACCCAGAUGAAACAUUGCAUUUAAAGACAUUGAAUCUGCUGUAUGUUAUAUGUAACCCUUCCAAUGUCCAUACAGUCUGUGCCAAAAUGAUAGACUUUCUAGAGAAGACACAUGAUACAUCUCUACAAAGAAACCUGGUUUCUAAAGUGCUACAACUUGCAGGGAAGCAUUCGUCAGACCAUAAGUGGAUUAUUGUCACUUUAGAAAGACUUCUUCGGACUACAGAUAACAUUAUUUCUUCAGAGUCCAUCUGUGAAGUCAUGAAAAGAUUGAAAGGAGGUUUUAGUCACAAAACUGAAGGUCGGGAUUUGAUGUUGUUUGCUGCAUCAACAUACUGGAACCUGUGUACUUCUAGUGCUCUGAGUGACAUGCCAGAGUUGUUGAUACAGCUAAGUGCAUGGACACUUGCUGAGUGUUGGUGUGAACUUAAAGAUGUCACAACAAGUAAACUUCAAGAAAAAUUGUGCCAACUUUUACAGUUACCUGUAUGCAGUGAUGAAACAAAGUUGUGUAUUCUAUCAUCCCUGACAAAUGUGACAUUGAAAUGCAGUGACAUUUCUAAAAAUGUGCCAUCACUUCUUACUGCAUUUUUGGAAAAAGAAAAUUCACCACUUAUUAAACAAAAAACAAAUGAACUUUUGAGGCUGAUUUGUAGUCCUGAUAUUAAAACAAAAUUAUGCAAGUUACCUGAUGUGGAAAAUAUUGACUCAACACUUUCCUUCCUUGAUGAAUAUGUUUGUGAAGCUUUACAGAGAAAUGAAUCUCCAUAUUUACCUUGGAGAUCACAUAUAAAUCAGCACACAAAUCUAACAGAUGGAGUCAAUAGGAAUGUUUAUUCAGUUUUCAAGUUUGAAUGUAAUCAGAGUUCCAGUUCUUCACCAGUAGAUUCUUAUUGUGGAUCUUAUUCUGUCCAGUCAGAUCCUUCCUUCCAUUCCUUUCAAUCAUCUCAAGACAGCUAUAAACACAAAACUAGCACAAAAACAAAGAAAGUUUGGACACUUGAAGGAAGAAAAAAAGAAAAUUCGAAAAAACUGCCAUCUUCCAGCUCUCAAGAAAGUUUUCCAGUUGAAGAAUUACCUGCUGAAAAUCUUCAUUCUGAUGCACUGCUAAUUUCAUCAUCAUCAAAGUUGGAAGAAGAUCUUGAAAGAGAAACACUCAAACAAACAUUGUUUGCUGGAGUUAGUACUGCUCAGCAGAUUACAGAGGUUGUAGACAAAAAAUGUGUAGUUGAAGAAUGUUCCAGUAAUACUUCAGAGUUGACUCCAGCAUUAAAGGAUUUACACAAAGAUAAUAGGCCUGAACAUUUGAAUUCUAAUGUAUGAAGCCUUGGCUCAGUCUUAAUUGGCAGCACUGGUAUUGAUAUUAUUAAUCAGUCCUCUGUUAUUCAGGUUAUAAUGCUAGAGGUGCUUCCUAAGUUUUAUGACUGUCUUGAGUAUCUCAGAUUAGAGGAGUCUGCUUGAAAAGUACCUGAUUGUUCUAAUUAAUAAGUUUUCAUUGUAUUAGCUGAAAACAGGAGCAAAAAUGUUUCAUUACAUCAGUUAUACUGUAUAGAAGAAAAAAAAAAGAAUGCUUUUAUGGAUAAAACGUUUUGAGAUAAUUCAUGUAGUUUAAUAUGUAAUGAUUGAUAAUCAACCUGGAGAACAUAAAAAUACAGAUAUACAUGUGUGUAAUUACACAUGUUCAAAUACUAGUAUUAAAAAUAAACUGGUUAGACAAGUAAAACAAGAAAAAAGGAUACAGAACAAAUGUUUCUCUGAAACUGGAAGGCAAAUUUGGAUAAAACUGAUGUGAUAUGUGAAAAAGUGAACUGUAGUAUAAAUUUGUAUAUUUUUAAUGCAAUAAGUUGUUUAUGUGAAUUAAAAUAAAAUGGAGGAUUUUUUACUUAUUACUAUUCAGUGUUUCAACUUAAUAAAAGUGUGUAAGUCAUGGA